ACUGUGGCAUUUUAAACAGAAACUUUUUUGACGUGUGACGACGUCCACGAAAGAAACGAUAGCUCCAACCAUUCAUUUGGCGAAACGUAACAGAAAAACAUACUGGGGAGAUUAGUUGUGGAGCUGCUGCUGCUUCUGUUGUUGUCAUCGUCGUCGUCGUCUUCUGCUGGAUAACAAAUAAAAAACGAUAAAAGAAUAGUAAUAUUAACAAGCAUUAUCCAAGAAAAUAAUAUUGUGGCAAGAGUAACCAAGACAGAGAUGGCCAUUAAACCAGCCAGUUUGGGACGCAAGUCCACCAACAAGAACCCACCCAUCCUAAGCCAUGAAUUCGUCAUACAAAAUCAUGCCGAUAUUAUCUCCUGUGUGGCAAUGGUCUUCGUUUUGGGCCUGAUGGACGAGUCGACAUCACCAUUUGCCAGCGCCUUUAUUUCUCUACAUCAUAAUGUGAGCGGAGAGGAGCCGACACGUGAACAACCGCUGGGAAAGCCCUUCACCUAUGUGGCUGGCAUCAAGGAUUACUGUGCCGUGUUCUUCUAUACCCUUACCUGCAUUAUUAUGCAUGCCAUUAUCCAGGAAUUUGUUUUGGAUAAGAUCUCAAGAAAACUGCAUCUGUCCAAAUUCAAGCUGUCCCUGUUCAAUGAAAGUGGUCAAUUGGUGGCAUUCUAUGUCAUGUCUUUCCUGUGGGGUGCCAACGUCAUUUUGAAGGAGGGCUAUUUCACCAAGUUCUCUCUGUUGUGGGAUGACUAUCCAAAUCACCCCAUGUUGUUCCUGCACAAAUUCUUCUUUAUCAUCCAGCUGGCUUACUAUUUGCACAUGUUGCCUGAAUUGUACUUCCAAAAGGUCAAGAAGGAAGAUCAACAACCCAAAAUCAUUCAUGCCGUGUGUGGUUUCUCCAUCAUUUGUUUGGCCUACACAUUCGGAUUCCAACGCAUUGCCUUGGUUAUUUUGACUUUGCACUACUUGUCGGCCACCUUUGCCCACAUCUUCCAAUUGAUUGGUGUAUUUGAUCGUGAUGAAAAAAUGGCCAGUGUUCGUAUUUUCAACAAUGCUGUGUUUGUCUUUGUCCGUUUCACAUCCAUGGUUAUUGGAGUUUUGGCCUUGUACUAUGGAGUUAUUGCGAAUUCGUCACAAAAAUUGAGAGGCUAUUUGGCAUUGUUUGCCCUCUUGGGUUUGCAGUGCUAUUUCAUUUUCUCCUUCAUCACCGAGCAACUAAAGGCCAAGCGUGAGGCAAAACAAUUGAGCAAACCAGCUCCCAGCCAAAAGAAGAAGACCCCCAAGGAGAAGACGAAAAAGGUGAAACGUGAAUCCGAUUUGCCAGAAGCUGAUCAAUCGCCCAGUGCUCCCAUCAACAAUAAGGUGAAGACCAAGUAAAAAAAUGAAACCUGGAACCGGCCACUAGUAUAGGCACUUGCAUACAGAAAGAAUAUGCCGCGCAAGUUCAAAAUAAAAUUCAGAAGCUCCACAUCAUCAAUAAUAAUUGUUUGCUCAAAAAACCCCCUGCCCUUCCACUUCCAUUUUAAAAACACCUGGUCAUUGCUUCAAGAGAUGUGCCGCCGAUUUGCCGGGUACACCAACUACUUGUAACUAAAAUGGAAGGAUAUCUGUCUCCCUCUAUGAAAUGCAUUUAAGGCAAUUUUUGAUUUCAUAUUUUUUUAUACAACAAACACACAAAACAAGAAACAACAAACCGUUGAAACCAUGUAAUUUUUAAAUAUGUAAAAUUGUUAAACUAUUUUUAAACUUCAAAACAUUCUCUACACUCGACACUCUCAACUCAAAAACACACAAACAAUGAAAGAAAAAUUCCUUUAUUUUUAAACGAAAAAAAAAAUAAUAAAAUCAAAACUAUUGUAUUUUUUAAAAAAAUAAUUAAAUUAUAAAAAAGAUUUGAUGUUUCAUUCAAAUGAAGCUAUUUAAAAAAAAUGUUUUUUUUUUUAAUUUUUGUACUUUUAUUUUUAUUAAAUGCAAAAACUGCAACUAUAAAAUAUAUAUUUUUAUAUAAACUUUUAUAAAAACAAA